UCAUUCAAUAUUCAUUCCAUUUCAGGAGUAGGUCAUAGGUUAUGUGUAUGGUUGAAGAGAUGAGAUGAUUGUCAUUUUAUACUAUUAACAUUCUUCUUAUUGUCCUCUAAUUUAUAUUUAAAAGUGUGGGGAUAGGAAAUAAUUUUAAGAAAUAAAAACAGUAAAAUAAGCGGAUAAUAGUGAAAAAGUGAAAUGACAGUGAGUUCAGUAUGACUUGAUUCACGAGAAAACUUCAUGUGAAAAUAACCUUGUAAACGAUAAAUUUACUUUUUGUACUACUUGAUAGCAGACCAAGAAUGGGCUUUAUUUGUUCCUUUGUACGCUGAAAUUGUUAUAUUUUUGUGCUAUUAUAGUUAUAGAGACAUUUAACGUGCUCUCUUUUAGUGGUAUAAAUUAAAAGAUCACCACCUCAUGUCAGACAAAAGUUAAUCCAAUUCAUAAUUAAUCACUUCUUUGUUAGUUAUGUCUUUCGAUCAAGAUGAAGAAGAUCAAUUUAGCCAGGAAUAUGUUGGAUCGUUUCCCAAAGGAUUUGGCUACGGAGGGUUUGAACCAGAUGGUGAUGGACCAGGAGGACCUCUUGCAGGAGAACAGAAACCUAGAAUUCUGCUCAUGGGCUUACGAAGAAGUGGAAAGUCAUCUAUACAGAAGGUCGUUUUUCAAAAAAUGUCACCCAAUGAAACGCUAUUCCUAGAAAGUACCAAUAAAAUAGUUAAAGAAGAUAUCUCAAACUCCUCCUUUGUCCAGUUUCAAAUAUGGGACUUUCCUGGACAGAUCGAUUUCUUUGAUCCCACGUUUGAUUCAGAAAUGAUUUUCGGAGGGUGUGGUGCCUUGGUGUUUGUAAUAGAUGCACAGGAUGACUACAUGGAUGCUUUAAACAAACUUCAUCUAACUGUCACAAAAGCUUAUAAAGUGAAUCCAGUCAUUAAGUUUGAAGUAUUCAUUCAUAAAGUAGAUGGACUGACGGAGGAUAACAAAAUGGAAACUCAGAGAGAUAUUCAUCAAAGAGCAACUGAUGAUUUAAGUGAUUCAGGAUUUGACCAGAUCCUCCUAAGUUUUUACUUGACAUCAAUAUAUGACCACAGUAUAUUUGAAGCAUUUAGCAAAGUAGUGCAAAAGUUAAUACCCCAGCUACCAACUUUGGAAAACCUUCUCAACAUUCUUAUAUCUAAUUCAGCUAUUGAGAAGGCAUUUCUAUUUGAUGUCGUUUCAAAGAUUUACAUUGCCACGGACUCAUCGCCUGUGGACAUGCAAAGCUACGAAUUAUGCUGUGAUAUGAUCGAUGUAGUCAUUGAUGUUUCAGGGAUUUAUGGGCUUCAAGAGGAUCCGGACUCUCCUGCAUUCGACAGUCAAAGCUCAAGUCUGAUCAAACUCAACAAUGGCACAAUCCUUUAUUUAAGAGAAGUCAACCGCUUCCUAGCUCUAGUCUGCAUAUUAAGAGAGGAUAACUUUGAUAAACAAGGUGUGAUCGACUACAACUUUCUGUGUUUCCGAGAGGCCAUCCAACAAGUGUUUGAACUGCGCAAAGCCAUCUCGAGCAACAUUAUUUUAAAUAACCACACCGAAGCCAUCACCUCAUAGUGGAUUUUUGCUUCAAUCUACUUCAUAUUCAUAUUCAUUUGUUAAUAUGUAUGAUUGAUAUUUCUUACUGUAAAGGAUCAAUUGUAUAUAAUAGUUAUUUUUUUACUGUAAAAUAUAACUGUAUGUGUAUCUGUAUAAAGGAAUAUUGUAAUCUAUCAUAAAGUUUUGUAAUAUAUACAUCAGAAAUGAUUUCAAAUCAUUGUUAUUUAGUGUGAAAUGUUAUAAUAGCUAUUAAAGAAUAACGGGUUCAUUAAAACAUAAUAUUUUAUAAAUGUAAUUGAUCGUUUAAUGGAUAUCAGUCCAAUGUAACAAAUGUAGUUAAAAUAAUAAUAUUGUUAUCUGUACAUUAUCAUUCAUUCAAAAUGCUAUAUAUAUUUUGAUUGAUCAUGGUUCUCAUAUGUUGAAUAAUGGAAUUAAUUGGAUCAGUGGAAUUACUCGACUGUGUUCCAGUUUAGUGCCUAUUAAUGAGUUUGUUUUAUGUAUAUUUUGAGUAUUAUUUAAAUGCAUGUUGUUCCUAUUUAAGUUGGUUCUUGUCUAAAACACUUUUAUAUUUGUUACAGUGUUAAAUAAUAAACCAGCGUAAAUAUACUUGAUUUGAAUUGGUCUAAAUAAAUACAAGCAAUUACAUUAUUA